CUCGAGGGUAAGGGGAUGAAGAGUGCACAUUUUAAGAGGUAUUUGGAGGACAGUGAGGACGAACUCCGGAUUUGUUUUGAAAUCCAGUGUAUCCUACAGGCGGCCGAAAUGGAUUGCAUGGCUUGGCAAUUCAAUCACAACAUGUUGGAUGAAGACUUUGUGCGGGAACGACGAAAAAUAGGCAUCACGGAUAAAAAUGUACGUGGCAUCAGCUAUUACGCACGUCUGGUUGGCGAUGCCUUUCCGUCAAAUCGCCAAUGGGAGGAGGACCUGGCGGCAAUAAAAGCAAACGCUGCUGAAGGGCUGAUGGGCCUUGGGCCUGCUUUCACUGCUCUCUUUUGCCGUCUCCUGGACGAAGAAGCCGUAACGAUGAGGUCCGGACAAUUCAAUUUCUUGACCGGAAAACCUCAUGAAAAGGACACGAGUAAGCAACUGUCUUGUGCGGGGUCCACAGUAGUGCUGCAAUGCGAAGGUAUCAACACUGCCGGUAAAGCUGAACAGGGGAUGCGAAAUAUAGCAAAACCCCCUACGCUUCGAGCAGUUGACGACUGUAGACCUCCUAGCCCGCCUGGAACUGAC